GGUCAGCGGCGGGUGGGCUCGGUGAGCGGCACCGUGUGCUCGCCGAGGGGGGCCGUCCCCGGCCUCGGCCUCCCGCCUGCUGCCCCGUGUUGUCGGAGCUCCUCUCUCGGGAGCAUUCUGGACUCGGGUGAGGGGCACGUGGAGCGUCCGUCCCCCUGAAGAUGAGGGAAAGGGGUCCCUGCGAUCGUACCUCUGUAUGUGGGGCCCGCGCUGGGGAUGCCCCGGUAACCCCGAGUCGUCUGUGCCGCGCGCGUCGCGGCUUCCGAGCCUACUUACACGGUCCCUCCCUGGGCAGAAGACAGAGCUCAUCUUUCCUGGCUUUCCAGGCUCACGCAGUUCGAGCUGGUUGGCCCUCCAGCCCCCUCGGUUUACAGACCCAGAGAAAGGAAAUGACCUUCCUAAGCCCGCACGGCUGGUGGAUUUGGGGGGUUUCCUGGCGCAGACAGGGCUCCUUCCGUCAUUUCGCGCCGCACAUCCAUCCCCGUUCUGUCCGGGAGGCUGCUCGGAGUCCGGCCGAGAUGGGUCUUACGGUUCUCCCAAGCCUGCGGGCCCCGUUAUCAGGUUCACUCUCUUCCCCAGGGCAUGCUACCAACCGCCCCAGGUUGGUGUGUGGGAUUCAGCACAGCAUGAGUCGUCUGUCCUUGCCUCCGUGAGCCACUCUUCCCCACUGCUGCCCCACCGGCCACCGUCCUCAUGUCUACCUUACUGCUCAAUCUGGAUUUUGGCGAACCUCCCCCCAAAAAGGCAGUAGAGGGGAAUGCCAAGCACCAAAAAUUUGUUAAGAAGCGGCGGCUCUUGGAACGGAGAGGCUUUCUCAACAAAAAGAACCAGCGCCCCGGCAAGGUGCCUAAGCCGCACGCAGAACCUCCAAGGAAAGGGGAAGGCCCUCGGGUGGAUGGCACUUGGAAGGUCCCUCCUCUUGCAAAAAAGAAAAAGACCGCCGCCUCCAGCAGUGGGUCAGAGCAGUUCCUGGACAAGAAAACUGUGCCUUGGCUGACCCCUGCCCCUUCGCAGAAGGCUGGUUCUCUUGUGGCUGCCGUCGAUUUGCUGGGGGAGUUCCAGAGUGCCCUUCCGAAGAUCAAGAGCCACCCAGCUCGCCCCCGGAAGAAGGGCCCCCAGAAGAAUGCCGCCCAGAACUCCACCCAGGCGCAUCCAGAGAGUACAUGCUCUGGAGCAUCCCAGAAGGUGCCAACGAAGAUGGUGGCGAUUGACUGCGAAAUGGUGGGCACAGGACCCAAGGGACAUGUCAGUUCCUUGGCUCGCUGUAGCAUCGUCAACUACAGCGGAGACGUGCUCUACGACGAGUACGUCCUUCCGCCCUGCCACAUCGUGGACUACCGCACCCGGUGGAGUGGCAUCCGGAGGCAGCACAUGGUGAAUGCUACACCCUUCAAGGUUGCUCGGAGCCAGAUCCUGAAGAUCCUCACAGGGAAGAUCGUGGUGGGGCACGCCGUCCACAACGACUUCAAGGCCCUGCAGUACGUCCACCCCAAGGCCCUCACCCGCGACACCUCCCACAUCCCCCCCCUCAACCGCAAGGCCGACUGCCCGGAGAACGCCACCAUGUCUCUGAAGCAUCUCACCAAGAAGCUGCUGAACCGGGACAUCCAGGUCGGGAAGAGUGGACAUUCCUCUGUAGAGGACGCCCAGGCCACCAUGGAGCUGUACAAGUUGGUUGAAGUCGAGUGGGAAGAGCACCUGGCCCAGAACCCCCCAAAAGACUAGCAGCAGCAGGGGUACCGGUGAUGGGCAGGAGUGGCCGUGGGCCGUGGGCGGCGGGCGGCCCCACCCGCUCUGCACCUUCGUGGCUAGCCUUGCUGGGACAGAGGCACCACCCACGCUAAUACCCACUGAAACGUCACCUCAGGUGCUGUGUCCCGUGGAAGGAGGGAGUGUCCCUGUCCACACCGGCCCUGUACUGUUUACCUCUGAAAUGGUGCUAGCCACAGGGCAUGCUGGGAAACGUAGUCCCCCGGCGGCCUGACCACUAGGGUGGCUCCAUGUCCCCUACGCCCUUUGUUCUUGAGUGAUUAACAGCACCCCCUCUCACGCUCGCAGGACCCUGUUGGGCUGAUAAGCCGUAUGAUCAUUCUACGUACCUCAGAGGCUCAUCCAGCCUGGGUCACGGCACCCCGUUCUUCCCCCCCCCCCCGACUCCCAGGGGAACCGCCCCGCUGAGGUUUAGCUCUUGGGGUUAGAGUGUGCGAAGUCAGCUUUUCUGAUUGAGGAAAGCAAUCUCCUAAAGCAAUCGAGGAUUUAUUUAACUUAGAUCCCACUUGGUAGGUUAAAAAAGAAGUUAAAGUGUUUUAAUGGUUUUUAGUCUACUUUGCUAAAGCAAGCCUCUAAAAAUUCAGAUGACUCUCUUGAAAAUGUUUUAUAA